AUGUGUUUCUGCCGGAAAGUCCAGGCAUCAAAUUACGGAAAAACGUUAACGUUGACGGAGGAUUUCUCCCGGGGUUCAACGAGAGCAACAAGUGACGGCCCGUACGAUUGUCAGAACACCAGCCAGCCAACACAAUUCAAGAUGAAGUCCCUCGAGACUUUUUUUGGAAUCGGCAACAAUAGCUCCGCCCGCCUUAUGUCCCGCUUCAACAUCCACCCGACCUGCCGCGUCGGCGAGCUGGCCAACAAGCAGGUUCUCGACCUCACAGCCGUGCUGUCUGAGAUGAAAAUUGAGAACGAUCUGCGCAGAGAAGUUCUGAACGAUAUCAAGCGCAUGAAGGAGACCGGAACUUACCGCGGCCGACGUCAUGCGCUGGGCUUGCCUGUGAGAGGACAGCGGACACGGACUCAAGUGGGUUUCCUUUCUUCUCUCUCGUGA